AGCCGGCUGAGACGGGCUGCAUCAGGGGAAAGGCGCAGCUGGACGCGAGCGAGCAUCUGGGGUGAUGGAGCCCAUCUGAGGACCGGGGGCCGCGUCCGGGACGAGGAUGCACCUCUGAUAGCUGUAGACGGGAGGAGGGGACCGUAGAUGAAUAUUGGUGACACUUCUGAGAACUGGCCACAAGUGAAUGGGUCACACACCUCACCUGUAGGGGAAAAGUACAUGCUGGAUAAGGGGAGGGCGUCUAGCUAUGGAAGCAUUUCUGGGAAGCAGGGGCCACAGCUGGAUGUGGGGACCUAUAGGGGCCACAGCUGGAGGAGGUGUAACAGCUGCAUGUCGGAGACACAUCUGGAGAGAAAGGAGCCACAUGUGCACGAAGAAUAUGACUGGUGAUGAGGGGUCCGUGGCCGGAUAUAGGACCGCAUCUGGAGAUGGAACAUCUUUAGAGGCGGGCACCACCGGAUGUGGGGCACCCCAGGAUGGAGCCCCCGCCCGGCAUGGCAGUGGGGCAGGAGGAGCAGGAAGAGCAGGAGCUGCUGGAGCGGGCCUUCUUCUCGUGGGCUGAGUUCAGCCGCUUCUUCGACGCGUGGUGCCAGCAGCGGCUGGCGCUCUUCUUCGUCCAGAGCUCCAUGCACCUGACCCGCUGCCACUGGGCCAGGUUGCCCCCGCUCUACACACUCAUCGAUGUGCUCAAGUACAGCUACGUGCGGCUCGUGUGCAAGGACGUGCGUGCUCCCAGCCGGCCUGCCAUGGGGCACCGUGAGGCCGGCUGCCCCGCCUUCAUCAUCGUCAAGCUGAGCCCGCUGCGGGACCGCCUGGUGGUGACGGAGUGCCGGCUGACACACUCGCACCCGGCCUGCCCCAUCGAGUUCGCCUACUACUUCCGGCCGGGCCGCCUGCUGGCCAACACCUGCCUGCCGGUGCGCACCACCAACAAGGUGUCCAAGCAGUUCCUGGCGCCCGCCGACGUGCACCGCCUGCUCUCCUACUGCAAGGACCGCGACCGUGGUGUCAUCGACGCCCUGCGUGCGCUGGAGGGGCUCUUCCGCACCGACCCUGAGGCCAAGGUGAAGCUCGUGUUCAUGGAGAACCAGGCGGUGGUGGAGACCGUGUUCUUCCUGACGUCGCGCACGCGGGCGCUGCUGCGGCGCUUCCCGCGCAUGCUCCUGGUGGACCGGCUGGUGCGCGGCCACCGCCGGCGCCUGCUGCGCCGCCUCAGCCCGUCGCACAGCAUGGCACAGUGCCUUCGCGAUUUGGUGGCCAUGCAGUGGGCCGAUGCGUCCGGAGAGGUAGCGCCCGAUGGCCCCAAUGGUGGGGACCUUUGGCCGGGGGGUGAGCCUGGGAGGGAAGUCCGGGUGGAGAACGGGGACUGCGGAGGGGCCCCGAAGGAAGGGAGCGCUUGGAGAGGCGCCCAGUUGGACAAAGAGUGGGCCAGAGAACCCGAGACCAGAAACCGGGGAGGCGCGCAGUUAGAAAGUGAGAACGGGAGAGGCCUGCAAAUCCGGUACUGGAGAGGGGUCCAGCUGGAGAACCGGAAGAUGCGAGGGCUGGUGGGGCGUGGCUGGAGGGGGGCCUCGCCAGAGGACGAGCACCUCGAAGGGCCGGACAUCAGAGACUGGAGCGGGGCCCCGCCGGAAGGGGAGAGAGGCUGGGGGCUGGAGGGCUACCUCUGGAGGAUGAGGGUGCUGGAGGCCGCAGAGCGGAGGACCCAGGUCGGGUGUGAGAGGCCCCGGAGCCUUGAAGGGAGCACCUGCAGCGGGGCCCAGUUGCACGACGAAAGGACCAGUGGGCUGAAAACCAGAGACCGGAAGGGGCCUCCGGUGGAAGCGGAGAAGGGAGAGGGGCUGGAGGUUAGGGACUGCAGGGGGGUCCGUUUCGAGACGCCCCUGGAGUCGGUCUCCGAGAACGGAGACCAAAGGGGUCCCCAGUGGGGAGACGAGAGGCAGAGAGAGCCAGAAAUUGGAGAAGAAGGAGGACUGAGGUCGGGAGUCAAAAGAAGAAGGGACCUGGAAGAUGUGGUUCUGGUCCGGCUAGGGGACACAAGGGGGACAGGCCUGGAGAAUGGAGACGGAGGGGGAGCGCGGCUUAGGGGCCCCAAGACCAGAAGAGUGCGAGGGAGGGAGUGCGUGGACACGGGAGGGAGGUGUCUAGGGCUGGGGAAUGGAGUCAUGAGUGGCGCCCCCGUGGGAACUGUGCUUGAGGAUGACCCAGAAUGGCCAGUGACAAGGAGAGUGUCCCUGGCCACAGGGGACAGCCUACAGGAUGGAGGUGAAGCAGACGGCCCGAAGGAACCAAGGAGGCCUCGCCGCCCCUUGGGAGAGAAGGAGGUGGACUGGGAGCCCCUGGCCAAGUUCCGAGCGGCCUGCGGGCCAGAGCUGGCAGGCCUGGUGGCCGAGGAGCUCGCUUUCGCCAGGCAGCACGGGACCCGGGGUUUCCACACGACCGGAGCCGGCUUCGCCCUGAAGGACGGCUCCUCGGACUUCUUCCUGGACGGGGCCCUGACGCGCUGCAGCUGCUCCAUCCACGCCGCGCGACACCUGCCCUGCCGUCACCUGUUCGCAGCGCGCCUGCUCACCGGAGCGGCCUUGUUCCACGCGGACCUGCUCCGGGACUGCUGGGGGAGCGCCCCAGAGUCCUGACCCUCCGGCCCCUGCCCACCGCCCUCUACUGCGAGGGCGGCAGGGCAACUGUGAUCCCAAAGAUAGAAAGGCCGAGGCCAAGGAGGCCACCUCCUGGGUCACCGCAUCUGGGCUAUUUGCCCGUCUGGGUCCGAGGGAAGUUGACGGUGGUCUCUGAGGUCCUGGAGCCACAGGUGUGGAAGAUGGCGGUGGCCAGGGUGGCAGCUGAGGGCUGCCUCAGAAUAUGAGGAAGACGUAUAGACAGGAGGACAGAUGAAGGAGCGGUAAGGAGGGGGAGAGAGAGAGAGAGGAGACAGAGAUGGAGGAGGGCGGGCAAGAAUGGAGAGAGCAGAGGGAGGCAGGAGAGGAGGGGGUGGGGGAAGGGUAGAAGGAGACACAACAAAGGAAGCUGUGAGCCAUGUGGGGAGCAGAAAAGAGAGGGGAGCGAUUUGGGUAGUCUCCAAGGGCUGGAGGCGUGAUCCCCUUCACCUUCUGACUGGCCAUCCCAGGAAGAGACAGAAGAGGGAGAGCUGGGAGUCUUCGAACGGGCUGGGCCGGGGGCUCUCCAGCAGCGGACGGGAGCCACCUGGACUAUUGUGCUUCAAGAUAGGAAUAAAACGGUAUCGUUUCGGUUC